UAUGGAUUUAGAAUGGUAGUUAUAUUUUACUAACCGAAAUACCGAAAACCGAAAAAAACCGAACCGAAACCGAACCGAUAUCCGGAUUGAACACCCCUAAUUUUUACGGAAAUUUCAAACCUAAUAGUUCUUCAUCGGAGAUCAUUUAUUGCGUUUAGUUUAUUUUUGAUGAUUAAGAUAUAUAUUUAGUUUGUUGUUUAUGUUUUCAAUUUGUCAUGCAUUGCAGGCGACUCUUACCCAAGCCACCGUGAACGUCCACCGGUUGAACACAUUCAGGCAUCUUUUCAAUGUCGGUUCAAUGUACUCCGUUAGCGGCUUUGACGUAACACAUAGCAAUUUGAACUUCAAGCUGUCCGACUCUCCUGUCUCGAUCCGGUUCAAUGAUGAGACCGAUUUCAAAGACUUAACCGAGACCAAUUUCCUCAAGAACAUUUCAGGUUCCACAAUCCUCAAGACUUUACUGGUCCGCAGUCACGAUCAGUUGCUUGGUCUAGCAAACACCAACACCCAUCUUCCAGACAUCACUGGUGAGCUUACUGCUAUAAAAAAUAAUGUAAGUGACCCUCCAGAAAGACAAAACCCGUGUCAUGGCAACCAUCACACUCGAUAGUGGUGUGUCUGUCACUAUGAGUGUGUUCGACUCUCAGGCUGUAUCGUUUCACAUAAAAAAAAAACUCGAAGGCUACAAGGUUGAUUCACGUGUGGUUGUGGCAACAUGCAUCAAUCCGAAGCUUAUAGGAGGCCGUAUGUUCCUCAAUACCAUUUCUGGACCUCAUUUCUAUUUAGACAAGGAGACUGAAGCAGUCGAGAGCUACUUUUACAAGUAUAUACUAAUCGCUCAUAUUUUAUUCCAUCAUUAUACGUUCUGUUAAAUUAUAUAUGUACCAUACUCUCACGGGUUACUCUCAUCAAUGCAGGUUGGUCACAAAUGACACUGGAAAUACAUCAGCAGCUUCAUUGUUGAGAGGCUAUGCUAAGAGAACAUAAUUUACCUGCACUGAGAAAGUCACCUCUGUCAAGACAGAAAAUGGAUGGUGCUACAUAUCUUGCUCCAAGUGUUCAAGGAAAUUACAGAGGACUAGAGGAGUGCCUCAUCUUUUGUAUGCAUGUUCUGCAAUCGAACUAAUGUCGUUGGUGUUCUCAGGUAUUGUGUCGAGAUGACUGUUGCUAAUGACACUGACGAAGCAGUUUUUGUAAGUUUCGAUGGUGAAAUAACAAAGCUCACCAAUAUCCUGGCUGCUGAUGCUCGUCAUCUGCUGAUAUGCCGCUAUCUAACCAAACAACAUCAUUAACCAUAUUGCGAAAAUGUUUAUAGUUUCUCAUUACAACCAUUCGUCAAAUAGGCGGGAGAGUGAGAGAACCCAAAAGAUAUCCAGCUCCCACCUUUUAUUGCUAACCUUGCUGGCAAUAGUUUCACAUUCCAGCUCAAAGUUACCCCUAUAAUUUCAGUGCAAAGCAUCAAACGUUUACCCUUUCACGCAUCCUGGAUGAGCGUGAACGUGCGCCAGUUCCUGAUUUUGUUGUUGAUGCAAAUUUAUUACAUUUUAUUCUGUCCUUUUAUUUUCAAAAGUUAACAGAAUUCUUGGUUUUAGGAGGGUGGCAACGAUUGACCUGAAGAUGACAUGCCUGGUGUCAGCUCUCUCCCAACCAAGGUGAUCGUUGGUAAUAAUGAAAACGAGAAAUCACCAGGUUCAGAAACGACCUCAAGUUGUGUCGUCAACAAAAAACCUCUGGACCCAGCGUUUACCAAGUUGACCAAGAAGCCACACACAGCUUAUGUGCAAAGUUGCUUUUAUAAUAAUGCUUACGCAUAAUUGUGGUUUUUUUUUAAUUUAAACUAUCAAACUCUGUUGUUCAAACAGUUUUAUGAAUUAUGUUCAAGUUCAAAGUUAUCUUUCUGUUUCUGCCAGAUGUUUUUAGUUAUCAUUGCACUGUUUCUGACAAAUGCCUCUCAAAUUACAAAGACAUUUUAACAUAUUAGCAUGGAAGAAUAUAAUGUCAAGAUUUUAGAUAAACAUUUUGCUUUGGUUUGAACCAAUAAGACUGAGUUGUUCAAACAGAGCAUUUCUCGCCCUCUGUACACAAAUGAAAAAAGUGCACAAUAUACGGUUGAGAAUCUAAAGCCAUAUGAGAAAAAGUUGAGAUUUCAGCUGAGACAAGUCUUAUUAUCUGCAAAAGUUGAUUACUCCAUCCUCCAAAUAAGCUAUUUAAACGAACGACCAUUGCAAGAUCUUAGCAAAGGUCUGGUAGACAUAAUAGACCCAAAAAGACUAAACUGAAGACCAAACAAAUAACACUAUUCCCUAAGUUUGUAUUAGGCUGAAAAGUUAUCCACAUAUAUAUUCUUACUACAUUAUGGAAUAAUCUACUAUUUCCUUUCCCACACGUUAUAUAUAAUCAAACUAGGUAGUAAUCCGCGCUUUGUGCGUGAUAAGAUUUCUAUAUUAAUGUUGAAAUUAUAUAUUAUGACUAUGUAUAACAUAAGAUAUACUUUAAGCGAUAGUUAGGUAGAACUAAAGGUAUGACUGUUAUCAGGGGCGAAGCCAGAGACUUUUUAUAAUGAGUGCACUAAUAUUAAAAUUUGAUAUAUGGUGUUUGCAAGUUUGAGAAGAAGCUUUGGAAAAUAUAUUUUUUUUAUUUCGCCUAUCGCGUUGUAGUAGUUAUGGACUUAGGGGUUUAACAAAUAAAAUCGAAAAAGAUGGAUCAAUAACAUAUCAUAAGCAAAACAAUAAUUGUGUGAUUUCAGACACCUGAGGAUCAAACAAAAUAUCCGAGCAGCCUUCAUCUGUUGUUAGAUGUCUGAAGCGACCUAUAAAACUCAAUAAUUCAGUUAUGAUCAUAAACAAUAACACGUUUAUGUGAUAAAAAAAAAUAUUUGAAAAAUAUUAGGUCCUACUUCUAUAUAGUGGAUACACAAAGACGUCGAACCUAACGUUUACAUGAUAAAUCAUUAACUUCGAAAAAGAUUAGCUCCUACUCUAUAAACUAAACAAUGUACCACCAAUAUUGUGAUCAUUAUGUAGGUGAAAUUAUGAUACACGUAUACAUUUUGCUACACCAACGAUGCAAAACGGUCAGGCUGUUCCGAGCUGCGAUCUUUUGCGUAACAUCUGUGUCAGUUGUCUCUCGUUUACAAAAAACUGGCUGACCGAUGUUAAAGUGUUCUGCUCAUAUCUCGUUGGUAUCACAUAGACGUGUUCGUCCUAAAUUGUAAAGGUUGUUCCAGAUGCGACCAGCACGUGAGACUUGCUGGUGGUUCAUUCCUGGAAGUUUCUUCUCAUCUUCGAGGUCGUCUAAUGUAGAUCUCUCAGGGCGGCGAAGGUGGUGACACUCGCAUGCUUAUAUUGCUUGAUCGAGAGGACUAAUACACUAAGCCGAGACGAUUUACAGUGAUUCAAUCUCCUCAAAACAGAGAUCUCCUCAUUGAGUAGUAACAAAACCGAGUACAACACAUUUAUCUAGAAAUAGAUUUUCAACGUCCUCUUUCAGCAAUGAGAGGCGGUUCUCAAGAACGUGAGUGCUCUGCUAAAUGCAUGAAGGCAGGUAUGGAGAAAAGGGUUCUUUCAUCAACACUUGGCAUCGUACUAAAGUUUCAUCACUUUUUCGUCUUUACGGAUCUGUCGACUUAAUGGUGAUAGAUCAGAUGGAUUACCGUUUUUAAUAGAAACGUAUAGAGGAAUAAGGAAGCAUUAUUGAUGCUAUGAUUAUAUUGAGAGGAUUGAUAAAUCAACUAAUCGAAUUUGAAGCUGAAGGUUUAUCACGUAAAAGUGUUCGUCGAGAAAAGUGUAGAUGGUGUGAAGUUCUUUUAAAGGAAUGUUAGUGUAAACGCAUUAAAUUCACAGUUUUGGUGAAAAACGUUCUAUGCGUGUCACCUAAGUGUUUUACUAAAUAAAAGCUCCUCAUGAAGCCACAUCACCAUGUCACAUUUUUUGCCAAUAAACUUUUAAGGUAAUUUUUAAAAGUGUUUCUCCUUUAAUAUAUAGGGGAUCAGAAACAUAAUAACCAACAAUCGAGGGAUAUACAAAAUAAAAUUCUCUUUAAUUUUUUGGGAGAAUUGGAAAAAUGGGACACUUUGAACUUUUGUUUGUCAUAAUAAGACUUUUCAUAUUUUUCGCAAUUCUGGACAUGUUUUACCCUUCUCUAAUGGGAAAAAUAGUAAAUUGAAUUUUAUAAAUGUAAAAAAAUAUGAAAAGUGUUGGAAACAUAAGUAUGACAAUAUAUAUGUAUAAACUUUUUUAAAAAAAAAUUAGAAUCAUAUUUUAUUUUAUCUUCUAGCUACAGUUAGAAUACUCAUUCUAGUAAUCUAUCUAGUUUAUAUGUCUGAUUCUAAGUUUUAAACAUAGAUAUAUCAAGGGUAUAUACCGUAAACUACCAUUUCUUGUAUAUUCUAGCAAAGAUAGAUUUGGUUACGUUAUAAUCAAGAAAGAUGUCUUCGGUAUACCUAUAGCUUGAUAACGAUAUAUAGCCACAACUCGAUGAUAUAUGUCGGUUAUAUUACGUUACAUAACUUGUUCUGCCUUUUACCUUGUAUGACGCCUACAGGAACAAUACAUCUCUCACCAACUAUACGGUGUUCUGCUUAGGUAGUAUACAUAUUCUAGGAAAAUCGUGAAAAUAUGUAAACUUCCAUAUUCGGUUAAAGAAGUUUCCUAAAUCUAAACUAAAUCUACCCUAAAUCCCUCAAAAUAUAUUUGAGAAUAUUUUCUCCACGUUCUUCUCCUCCUCCUCCUCCCACGAUCUUUUUUUCUUCUUUGUGUUUCUCUCUUGUUCAUCCAGAAAGUCAUCUCUUCUCUCUAUCAACACAACAUGGUUCUAAUAUAUGUUAAAUCUAGUGAAUGGGUGUCUAGUUGCAGUGAAGAGUGGAGUUUCGUGGUAGACACAUCAAGGCGUGGUCGAAUGGUAACAUUAGAAACUACUACUCCAUUGGAGAAGCUCAAGAGGAUCGUGUGUGAGGAUUAUGGGGUGGACCAUAUUGUUCUUAAUACCGAGUUCAGUUAUUCGAUGGUGAAUCAAAGAGGGAAUCCUCCAAUUAUUAUCACCAAUGAUUGGCAAACAUCUAAUUUUGUGGCGUAUGCAAAGAAGGAUUCAUCUACUAUCUUGUGUGUCACGUUCUAUGGUUUGGGUGUAAAUCAAAAAGAACGAGUCAAUAUUGAUUUGAAUAAGGAGCCGUGUGAUUCAAGUAAUGUUGAGGAUGAAGAAGUUCCUGAGAUAACUCGAGCAGAUUUUGUGAAGCCGUCAAAGGAGUCUUGUGAUACAAGGAAAGAUGAUGUCGCUGCGGAUGGUUCCGGUGAUGCUGGGUUAAGGAUUGAAAACAGUGGAGACAGUGAAAAGGAUGGUCGAGCCUGGAGAGGAGAUUUCGUGAAGAAGGAUCAAAUUUUCAGAAGUAAAGAGGUUCUGAAGGCCACAAUGGAAAUUUUGGCGAUGAAGAAUAAUUUCGAUUACACUUUUCAAAUCCACGAGAAAAUGGAGGUAUAUUCGAUGUAAGGAUGCAUUGUGCAACUGGACUGUGCGUGCAGAAGGUAUAGAUGGGUCUACAUAUUUCAUGAUCAACCAGUGCGAGGGAAGACAUUCAUGUGCUCCUUCAAAGAAAAGGAAAUUCGGGAAAACAACAUCGGCAAGAACAAUUGGGACUCUGAUACAACAUCGAUUUGGUGUUGCAAACGAUGGGCCAAAAGCAAAUGAAAUCAUUCAAUUUAUGAGAUUGGAGCAUAGUUGUGAGAUUACUUACUGGCACGCUUGGGAAGCUCGUGAGUUUGCUAUUGCAGCUGCUAGAGGUAUACCGGAUCGCAGUUAUGCUAAAAUACCAGCAUAUUUGCAUAUGAUUAAAGAAGCUAAUCCUGGUACGCAUACUCACUAUGAAACAAAUGAGAAGGGAAGAUUCAUGUAUCUAUUUAUGUCAUUUGGGCAAUCAGUUAGAGGAUUCUACAAUGCAAUGCGAAGGGUGAUUGUUGUUGAUGGAACUUUUCUGAAAAAUAAAUACAAAGGAGUUCUACUUGUUGCUACUGCUGUAGAUGGUAACUCUAAUUUGUAUCCGAUUGCAUUUGGGGUUGUUGAUUCGGAGAAUGACGAUUCAUGGGGGUGGUUCUUCAGACAGUUGAAAGUGGUUAUUGCUGAUUGUCAAGAACUAGCUUUUGUCUCAGACAGAAAUGCAUCUAUUUCCAAAGCGAUUGGGACUGUCUACCCUCAAUCAGCACAUGGAAUUUGCAUUCAUCACUUGUUGACCAAUGUGGUUGCAUUUUUCAAGACAAAAGGGUUGACUGCCUUGGUGGAAAAAGCUUCACGGGCAUAUAGGUACAUUGAAUUUCAGGAACAUAUCACCGAAAUUUUUGAAAUGAGUCCUGAGCUUGGAAGAUAUCUGCGGGAGGCUGAUGUGCGCAAAUUGGCUCAUUCUCUCUUCCCUGGUGAAAAGUAUGACAUUAGGACCACAAACCCUGCAGAGUCGAUAAAUUCAAUUCUGAGAAUACUUAGAGAAUAUCCUGUUAUUCCUUUGCUAGAUAGUAUAAGAGAACUGUUGACUCGAUGGUUCUAUGAGCGUCGCUUGGUAAGCUCUAAGCAUCUUGAUCCUUUAACCACUACUGUGGAGAAAAAGAUUGAUAGGAGAAUUGUGAAGGCAAAAGGGUUUCAAGUCUACAAGGUUGACGACUUCAAAUCGCUUGUGAAAGGAGACAUAUAUGAUUGUCAUGUUGAUUUGGAAAGAAGAACAUGCACAUGUGGGAAGUACAAUAUAGGAAAAAUUCCUUGCCGACACGCCAUUCCUGCCAUUUAUUCACGAGGUAUGGAAGUAUAAACACAUGAACUUGGGACAUAUUUAUUUUUGUUAAUUUCAGCAUAUCAACUCCAAUCAAUCACGUUUAUGUUGGUACAGACAUGGAAGUGCACAGAUUUACUGACGGCUUAUACACCACUGCAGCGUGGAGAACCGCCUAUGCGGAAUCCAUUAAUCCAAUAGCAGUUCCAGAGUGUGAAUGAAAUGUCCCUGCUGAGGUUAAACUUGCUAAGGUUUUACCACCAGAGACAUGAAAGAGUGCUGGUCGACCAAUAAAGAGAAGGUAUGAAUCAGUAGAAGACAAGAUAAAAUCUUCUCAAGGAUCAAGAAAGAAUAAAAAGCACAAGUGCAGUCGUUAUGGUACCGAAGGACACAAGAGAGGAACAUGUGAUUUACCCAUCUAGUUUGUUCUGCUGUCUCUGUUUUGUUUCUUAUUGAUCUUGAAACAUAGUGAUCUUCUGUUUAAGAACCUAUUUGACCAUUUGGUAUUUGCUAAACUCUUGAGACUAAUCGAUCUAUGUUUGUGACAAUUUGGUAUUUGCAAAAUUAUUGGUUCUAGUAGAUGAUAAUCACCAAGAAAUAACAAGAAACAUAGUCUUAAACUUGUUUGAAAAGAAAAACAACAAUUUGAGGCAGCACAUAAACAUCAUGCAUAUGCAAGGUACAUGAAGACCAUCGCCAAACAACACACAAACAAAGCUUUUAUGAUCCUUAAUUCCCUAAUGCAUUCUGUGAUCUUCUCUUCACAAUGUGCAAUUGCAUCUUCCAUCUCUUCAAUUCUACUCUCAUGGCCUUUCAUCAUGGCCUCACCAUCUCUCACUGAUUUCUGAAACGCGAUAUUGUCAACAAGCAGCACGUCAAACAGGUCCUGGAAGUUUUCAAUCUCCUCAACAACCGACUUAUCAGUCCACUUGAACAAGUGGGUUUUGUCCUUCAUCAUUAACAUCGAAUAAACGGUUAGAUUGAAACAAAGACAAAGUUUCAUGAUCAUAAGACCAACC